CCUUGUUUAUUUUACGAUUAUUCUUCAAGUUAAGAACCUUGUUGGGUGUUUCUGGUGGAACAGUUAAAAAGAGGGAGGGGUGCUUCAGAAUUCUUGAUUGCCCGACUGGGUUUGAUGAAGCUUCGUCAAACCCUUUUGGGUUAAGACAAUAAAAGUCAAUUAAAGUUCGAAUAAUCUUGCGCCUCUUUUUUUUUUGGUACUUUGAAAUCUUGCGUACAGUUCAUACCCUCCUCCAUUCUUUGUUUCUAAUACACUGUUCAUAUUUUGGGGCAGUCCUUUUACACGUUAAUGGGAUAUUGAAUUGUCUUCCUCCCCAUUUUCUUCAGAUUCUCCUCUGAAUUUUAAAGUUUCUUUCUUUGUUUUGCUUUUGUUUCUUGUAUAGAUUAUUUUGUUUACCCCAAAAAAGAAAAAGAAGACAGAAAGGAAGAAAGAAAAGGGCUUGUAUGAGUUUGUGUAUGUAAAAAACAAAAAACUGUGAUGAUGAGCUGUAAAAAUGGUUGCUUUUGAUCGAGUUGGGAUCUUAUCUGAUCUGGGUCUGCUCUGCUAGCUCUCACCAUUGUUGCACCCUCAUUGAUUUCUUAAAGUUAAAAAGUUAAUAUACUAUGAGCACAUAACAUUACACAUAAUGGGUUGGCUUAGCAAGAUUUUCAAAGGCUCCAGCCACAAAAUAUCAGAAGAGCAUUGUCAUGAGAACGAUGGAGGGGAUCCAAAUACCGAUGGUCCUUCUUGUUCAGGGGACAUCUGGCCAGAAAAUGAGAAUGAAGAUAUAGACCGUGCUAUUGCAUUAUCUCUUUUAGAAGAAAAUCAGAAAGGAAAAAAUGUGAUUGAUUUUGAUUCUCAGUUGGAAGAAGAUGAACAACUUGCCAGAGCCUUACAAGAAAGUUUGAAUGUGGACUCUCCUCCCCGAUAUGGAAAUGGAAAUACACAUCCUCCUCAAUAUGGAGGAAAUCCACAUCCUCCUCAAUAUGGAAAUGGAAAUACAUAUCCUCCUGAAUAUGGGAAUGGAAAUACACAUCCUCCCCGAUAUGGAAAUGGAAAUGGAAAUGGAAAUACACUUCCUCCUCGAUAUGAAAACGGAAAUGCAUAUCCUCCUCGAUAUGGAAAUGGACAUACUUAUCCACCUAUCCCCAUGUACUAUCCAAUGGGGUCCAGGAUUUGUGCCGGUUGCAAUGCUGAGAUUGGUUUUGGACGAUAUUUGAAUUGCCUGAAUGCAUUUUGGCAUCCAGAAUGCUUCCGGUGCCGUGCAUGCAAUGUACCGAUUUCCGAUUACGAGUUUUCUACAUCUGGGAAUUACCCUUACCACAAAUCUUGCUAUAAGGAGAGCUACCAUCCAAAAUGUGAUGUUUGCAAGCACUUUAUUCCAACAAACCCUGCUGGUCUUAUUGAAUAUAGGGCACAUCCAUUUUGGGUUCAAAAAUAUUGCCCAUCUCAUGAACAUGAUAAUACUCCUCGGUGUUGCAGCUGUGAGCGAAUGGAGGCACGGGACACAGCAUAUAUAAAUCUAAAUGAUGGUCGGAAGCUCUGUCUAGAGUGUUUGGACUCUGCAAUCAUGGAUACCAGCGAAUGCCAACCCCUAUAUCUUGAUAUACAGGAAUUUUAUGAAGGUUUGAAUAUGAAAGUGGAGCAGCAAGUUCCAUUACUCUUGGUUGAAAGGGAAGCACUAAAUGAAGCGAGAGAAGGAGAAAGAAAUGGCCAUUAUCACAUGCCUGAGACCAGAGGGCUCUGCCUUUCUGAGGAACAGACUAUUAGCACAAUUUCAAGGCGGCCAAAGUUUGGGGCAGGAAACCGAGCUACGGACAUGAUAACAGAGCCCUACAAACUAACUCGUCUCUGUGAGGUGACAGCAAUUCUAAUAUUGUAUGGUCUUCCAAGGUUGCUGACUGGGUCUAUCCUAGCACAUGAAAUGAUGCAUGCAUGGCUGCGGCUUAAAGGUUAUCGACUCAGUCAAGAUGUUGAAGAAGGUAUCUGUCAGGUUAUAGCUCACAUGUGGCUAGAUGCUGAGCUUAUGUCUGGCUCAGAAGGGAAUUCUGCAUCUACAUCAUCAUCGUCCUCCAGUUCCAAUUCAUCAAAGAAGGGUACACGAUCUCAGUUUGAGAAGAAGAUUGGUGAGUUCUUUAAGCACCAGAUCGAAGUAGAUAUUUCCCCAGUAUAUGGAGACGGAUAUAGGGCUGGUCAACAGGCAGUGAAUAAAUACGGGCUUAGAAGGACCCUAGACCAUAUUCAAAUGACAGGGACCUUUCCUUAUUGAGGACUCAGUCCUUGAAUACUGUGGUUCUUCUUUUCUUUCCACAGAAUCACAACCGGACCUUCUCAUAUUAGAAACCAAGGCCGAAGUUGAUAGGAAUUGACUCGAAAGAGAAUUAUGGAUUGAAUGCUCAUUUUUAUGAUUUUGGCGGUUGCCCAUCUACUUGA